AUGUGUGAGAGCUUAAGUGCUGGAUCAGAUGGAGAAAUAUCAACAAGAAAUAUUGCGCCACCAUGGUGUUCAUCAGGAAGAGUUUACGAAAGGCGAAAACCACGAAAAGUUUCAUCUCGAGAAUUAAAAUCCUCGUAUCCUUUGCGAGAGAACAUUUGGGAAUACCAGAACGAUCGGUCACGUUGCAGAAUAUAUAAGAAAUGCUCUAAAGUCCCUCCUAAGGAAAACGGACGACUGAAAUUAAAACUCUUAAUACUUUUAACAAUAACUGGAUUAUCGAUGAAUCUGAAGCCCGUAGCAGUAGAAGAAGAAUGUUGCUAUCGAAUGAAAUAUUUAACCACGCUAUUAUCAAGAUCGGAAUAUGUUUUAAGAAACACGCUCCGUAUACGAAGGACACUGUUCACAUCACAAAGCUAUGGAGUAACAAACAGGAACGCAAUAGGAAGCUACAUAGCCGGUGCGAGUGUUGUAAAGGGUAGCGACACCGUCGAGUGGGGUAGCCGCGUGGCGCUGUGGGGAGUCGUGCCGCUGUGGCGAGCCGCGCCUCCCCCCGACACAGUACUGGCAUUGAGAAAACCCACGCCAGCUGAUUGUUGGCCUUUUAGUGGUUCGUCUGGUAAUAUUGAGAUACAUCUACCUCGCUUAACGCAAGUGGCCAGUAUUAGUGUGGAACAUAUUCGACCGGACACUGCUCACAGCGCUCCUAAGGACUUUGCCGUAUACGGUAUCCUAGAAAACGGUACUUGGAUAAAAGCAGCAGAUGGAAUAUACCGGUAUAAUAAGCCAGCGAAACAAUACUAUUCAUUAGACAAUAGAAAUGCUCCUUUAAAACGCAUUGUUUUCCGAGUUUUGUCCAACCAUGGCAAUCCCAAAUAUACUUGUGUUUACCGCGUUCAUCUUUACAGCAACGAUUUUAUGAUUUAUAAUUGA